UAAAUAGAUAUAUCCCUUUUAAAAACGGUAUAUACUCCUACUCACAGGCUAACUCCAAGUCUCCAACCCUUUCCCUUCCUCCUGCCUCGCUGCUCUGCUCACAUCCUCAUCUUCUUCCUCUCUCAUUGUAAACCCAGAAAUUAUAUCUCUAAUCCAAAAAAAAUUGAAAUAAAUUCAAAUUUAAUUUAAAGAAAACCAACCCAUUUAACGGGGUUGCUUUAUUUUGGUUAAUUUGAUUAAUUUGUGCAAUACCCACAUCCUCAAAUUCGUGAAAACCUGUAAUUUUUCUGGGUAGGGUGAAAAACUGGUAAAGAUUUGAUCUUGCAUUGUUUGUUUAACAAUGGCGGAAGCAAAGAAAUACAUCACAUCUGAUGAACUGAAGAAUCACAACAAAGCAGGAGAUCUAUGGAUUUCAAUUCAAGGGAAAGUUUAUGAUGUUACAAAUUGGGCAAAAGAUCAUCCAGGUGGAGAUAUACCAUUGUUAGCACUUGCUGGUAAUGAUGUUACAGAUGCAUUCAUAGCAUAUCACCCAGGUACUACAUGGAAUAAACUUGAUCAAUUUUUUAAUGGGUAUUAUUUGAAGGAUUUUGAGGUUACAGAUAUGUCAAAGGAUUACAGAAAGCUUCAUAAUGAAUUUACUAAAAUGGGUUUAUUUGAGAAGAAAGGGCAUGCUGUAAUUUAUAUCUUUAUUUCAAUUUUUAUAAUGUUAAGUGUUUGUGUUUAUGGUGUGGUUUGGUCUGAUAAUGUGCUUGUGCAUCUGGGUUGUGGUGCAUUGAUGGGUAUGGCUUGGAUUCAGAGUGCUUAUUUAGGGCAUGAUUCUGGGCAUUAUCAGAUUAUGUCAAGUCCUAAGUAUAAUAAGGUUGCUCAGAUUUUGACUGGGAAUUGUUUGACUGGGAUUAGUAUGGCUUGGUGGAAAUGGACUCAUAAUGCACACCACAUUGCCUGUAAUAGUUUAGAUCAUGACCCAGAUCUGCAACACAUACCGGUUUUCGCGGUGUCGACCAAGUUUUUCAAUAAUAUGACCUCUGUUUUCUAUGGAAGGAAGAUGGAUUUUGAUCCGGUUGCAAGGUUUCUUGUGAGUUAUCAGCAUAUGACAUAUUAUCCUGUGAUGGUUGUUGCUAGGAUUAAUUUGUAUGUGCAGACCUUAUUGCUGUUGUUUAACCCUAACAGGAAGGUGAUCAAUAGGGGUUUGAACAUAAUGGGAAUUAUGGUGUUUUGGACUUGGUAUCCUCUUCUUGUUUCCUGCUUGCCUAGUUGGGAAGAGAGGUUCAUGUUCGUGCUCGCCAGCUUCGUGGUUACUGCUUUUCAGCACAUUCAGUUUACUUUGAACCAUUUCUCUGCCAAUGUGUAUGUUGGUCAGCCUCAUGGGAAUGAUUGGUUUGAGAAACAGACGUUUGGAUCGAUUGACAUCGCUUGCGCGUCUUGGAUGGAUUGGUUGUUUGGUGGACUACAGUUCCAGCUCGAGCAUCAUUUGUUCCCUCGUUUGCCUCGUUGCAAUCUCAGAAAGGUUGCCCCUGUGGUGAAGGAUCUUUGCAAGAAGCACAAUUUGCCUUAUAGGAGUCUGUCUUUCUGGGAGGCUAAUGUUUCGACCCUUAAGACCCUUAGGGAUGCAGCUCUUCAAGCUCGAGAUCUUUCUAAUCCGAUGCCUAAGAACUUGCUCUGGGAAGCUGUCAACACCCAUGGUUAAUUUCAUUUACCACUUGCUGUUUAAACCUUAUGGUUGAUGGCUUCAUGCCAUUUCCAGUCAAGUUUUGCUUUCCUUUUCCUUCAAGGAUAAUGCGAGGUUUUUGUUGUCGACAUUUCACAUGGAGGUUUUGUUCAUUUAUCUGCUGUUGCAGCAGCACCUAUAUGAUUCACUACUUUUAGGAAUCUCACUUCGAAUUCAUGUAUCUAUUAUCUAUCCUGCUUUACAUGAAUCAAAACAGUACUCCGUAUUAGUUACUACUGCAUAUUACAUAAAUCGAAAUUUCAUCUUGUUCAA